CGGAUCGCUGUAUUGAGACUAUCUAAAAAUAUCUUACCCUUGGUGCCUCGCCAAUGACCUUCACUCCAAUCAGAUAGCGCCCCCUUUCUGAGAACUUCCUCGGCCUUUUCUCCCUGCAUAUGGUUGCCGUAUCUUUCUAUAUAAAGCUGCACCAUGUCCACAUGGAAGUCGAGUCAAUAUAAUUAGACACCACAAAAGUCGAUAUAGUAUACUCACAGGACUGACUUCCUUAGUGUGGAAGGCGCACAAACUAUUCCAAGCACACGAGCUCUCCCAGGCAUACGACCUACCUUGGGCACAUAGACUAUCCCUGAUGGGUCGUGAAAAUUCCCUGUGUGAACUUAAAUGGCACGGCUCCGCCGAUCGUAGAGCUCCGUUGUCUAACGUGCUCCACGAUACUCCGAGGUCAGCAUUCGCCCGCUUCGAAAAUUCAGCCAUAGAAACCACUAGACCUACGCCUUUUUUGAUCGGCUCCCCAAACACUCAAUCGUAAAAAAAACACAGGCCACUCCCAUGGAUGGCUUUUUUAUUCUCGCUUUUGGUUUUUUCCUCUUACCGACCCAGUAGAGGUUGGUAAUCAUAGUAUACCCCUGGCUUGCCAACGUUCAUAACCAAGACAUCUAGUUGACGCUUGCGCCACAGAUUUGCCAUGGAUCUGCA